CAGCACGAGAAGCCAGUUCUGUCGCAAGCUUCGCCGCGGCCGGAUGCGCGAAAGUGGGGUGGCCUGCGCGCCGGGGUGAAACUUGCAAGCUCCCCCUUUAUCGAGCUUGCAGAUGGCUGUGCCUUUUAGAUUUUGACGUGUUCCCUCCGUUCCUCCCCGUUCGUUCGUCCGUGCGCCUCGUGGUACAACAUUUCAGUCGUUUUUAUCACGCCGUUCGCUCCAUCGGUUGCCGUUACCCGACGAUCAGCACCCCCGCGACAUGCCCAGGAAAGUCGGAUUCAACGUCGUCUAUGCCACGAGCGAGGAGGAUAGGCACUCGUCGUUAGAGCUUAACGUUCACGGGCCGACAGUAAGAGGUUGGCAGAGUGCAAAAAAUUGCACAUAUCCUCAGGAACUGAUUCUACGUCUUCAUGGGCCCACGAAGCUUACAAGAAUACAAGUCUUGGCUCAUCAGUACCUCAUACCUGAGAAGCUGGAGAUCUGGACGUCGAGGGAGGAAAAUGCAUCCGCUUCGACGGAGUUCAGUUACCUGGGUUACAUCACACUGUCCGACAACGCAUCGACCCUUUACAAGAGCAGGGAGCUGAAAAGCGUGGCUCUUCCGGAAACGGAAGCACUGUCGCUGAAGCUCAGGCUACACAAACCGCACAGUAAUGCGCACAACACCUACUGUCAGGUUGGCCUUAUAGCCAUAAAUAUACUUGGCGAGCCUUACGGCCAGGAAAUAACCGGACAGGGGGACGCUCCGUACAAUCCGCAUUACAUCUCGCCUUACGACGAUCUGGCGUUCGAAAUGUACGUCGAUCGGGAAGUGGCCAAAAUCAUAAGGCAAAUGGAGGUGAAGAAGUUGCUGGCGGUGGAAGAGGAGAGAUUCGAGUACGCUUCGAAAUUGAAAGUGGCUAUGGAGAAUCUGAGAAAAGCGGGCGAGCGUCUGGGCAAGUACGAGCUGGAGAAGAAGUAUGCCAUCGCCUUGGAAGAUUACGAUAAGGCCAAGGCUAAAAAGGCUCAGGCUCAGCAGUACAGACAGCAGGUCUAUCAGUCGUUGGAGAUAUACAAUCUACUCGAGAUCAACGGGCCUGUGGAAAAGAAUAAUCUGUCGACCGCGGAGGACAAGGAGCAGACAGCCGACAAUUCGAACACGGCGGCGUUGCCCGACGACGUGACAUCUCCCCCGAGGCUGGUCGUUCCUAAUCGCGAUGGUGCCGUGUCACCAAAUGGUCCCGCACAUCAACCGCCCGUGUCGCCAUUGCGUCAGAAGACUAACAGUCCCGGUAUAAUCUAUCGAAAGGUAACCGAUAGCCCUACGAACGGUGUCCUUGAGAAGCAAAGCUGCAACAAGGCCGGAUCCCUUCCCAGGCGGAAAACUAAAUCAGCGGGUCCAGCCCUUCGGUCGAGUUACGAAGCCUACGAGGAGAGGACCAUCCCCGCUCUAAGACAUUCGCACACAAACGAGUUUACGAGAGAGUGCCACCUGGACGGCGCAGAGACGAAAGUUACCUCGAAACUCAAUGACAGGGAGAAGAAACAAGCCGCGUUACCUAUAGCGGUCUUCGGAAUGGAAAUGGUGGAAAAGUUCUACUCGAAGCAAUUCACGGACAAGGAGGAGGGGCUGAUGCAAUUGAAAGAGGAAUUGAAGAAGUUCGACACGGCGGUCUCGAAACAUUCUCCGAAUAAGACAGCCAGGGCGGCGAUUCUGCUGCUGCACAGAGCUCUCAGAGACAAAGUCUUCAGCGUAUACAGUUUAGCCGCCCAGCUUAUCCGAAUCUUCUUCGCCGAGUUCGCCGUGGACAGAGUGUCUUCGACCGAGAUUGCCAGAAGCGUCGAACGUUUGUUGCCGGAACUUCUGACGAAGUCCGGCGACACCACCCCGAGGAUACACAAUAUGGCAGUGCACACAAUCCUCAGCAUGGCGGACUGCAAAUGCGUGCGGGAGUUGCAUUUAAUACCGGUGCACCUGACCAGACCCGUCAACAGCAGCACGCAUCAGAGGCUCGCGCUGAGCAGGCUGGAGAUGGUGGAGCAACUGAUACUCAGCCACGGUAUCUCCACGGAGAAACAAAGGUAUUGUAACUGUUGUAGCGGGCUGACUUGUCGGACGUUAUCCGAAUUAGGUUCUUCCGGUCUGCACCAUCCGGCUGAGGCAGUGCGAAAGGUCUCCGAGAGGAUUCUCGUGUUGGUGUACAAGGUCAAUCCCAGAUUGGUGCGGAAGCAACUGCCGCCCGACGACGACAUAACGCGACGGAAUCUGCUGUAUCGCCAGCUCUUUCAUGAAUUCGACUUGAUCGAUCUUCAGAGGAAAAAGGAAACCGAGUCCACCCAAAAAGCAACGACGACGCCUACGCGAACUAGAUCUACGGAAAAUCAUGUAACUAAUUUAACCAAAUCACCGUCGAGAUCGAGCCCGGUGGUGAGUACCGGAAGUUCAACGAGUAUCACGUCUCCGUCCGAAAACAGUACCGACCAUAAGGGAGAUAAAAUGUGCAUAUUUUGCCUGUCUAAGGGUCAAGUGUACUCCGAAGAAGGUCUGAACAUACAUUAUUGGAGAACUUGUCCCAUGUUAACGAAAUGCGAAGCAUGUAAGCAAGUAGUAGAAAUUUCUUAUCUGAGCCUGCAUUUAUUGAAUGAAUGCGACAUGAGAAGUAAUUACGUAAAAUGCGAUACGUGUAAACAGGCGGUGCAUGAUAAUGCGUUCGAGACUCACAGACAAGACAAGAAAUGCACAAAACCUAUAGAGGGAUAUGAACGCUGUCCGCUUUGUUCGGCUUUGGUCAAUCAAAACAAGUGGAGGGAACACCUCAUGGGGGAACAUCCGUGUGUAAAUAAUCCACGAAGCAAAAUCGGGAAAAGUUGUUCGAAAUCGCCGUCUAACUCGCAAAAUCUCAGCGGCAAAUUAACAUCACCGACGGGUAGGGAUUACUAGCAUCAGGCAACAACUUCGGAGCCAACGGAGGAAUUCGACAAAUCUUAGGGAGAAGGAGAUUUUGAUUUUAUUUAUUUUAUAGUUUAUGAUAUGUUAUAUAUAUUUAUAUAUGAGCUGUCCAGCGUUUUUCAUGUUUGUACCUACAUUUAAAUGAUUUUUUUCUAGCAAAACCCGUCCUUUAUUAAUAGAGAUUCAUAUUGAGCGGAUUUUUAAUUGUAAGUUGGGAAUCCUGAUAUUUAAAAGAUAUUUAAAUAUUUAGGCGCGCGCUUAUUAAUUAAGCUAGUUUGCGGAAUCGUGUGGGAGAAUCAUGACCUCUGAUCAUGGCUAAGACGAGAGAUAUUAGGAAUUGUUAAUAGUUGUUUCAUUCUUAUCGUUGUUGCAUGAUAUCCGCGAGGACAUAUACAGGGAAUGCAUCAAUUAUUAAAGGCAGUGAUAGCAGAUGUUGCAGAAACAUCUGUCGUUUCAGGAUUAACGAUUCCGUGCAUCCGGCCAUAUUUAUAAUAAAAAUUUAUACUACAUUAUGGCGAGAUGCGUCCAAGGCGUUAGGAAAUGAGAAGCUCUUUACCGCCGCUCAAAUAACGUUAGAUAACGCAUGUAAUUUCGUAAAGCAGCUAUUUCAUAGAAAAUGGACAGUAAAAAUAACCAUUUUAUCAUUCCAUCGUCGAAGUUUUUAUCCUAUAAAAUCAUCUUUUUUUUUUAAGUCCGUUUAUAACAUAAUUUACACAUUUUUCAGUAUCAAUAUACUCGAUUCUUAUCAGAUCGGAUUAAAAUAUUCAAAUAAAAUU